UUAGCCCCCAAGAGGAUUUUGAGCUGAACCGUGUCCCGGCUGCCCGGCUGCUGAACGCAGCUUGGAUAGAGCCCUGGGCACAGCUCCUUCUCACUGACAAGUUCAGGGCAUAGUCCCAACCACGUGGGACACAGUCCUGCUCCACUGCUGGGCUCAGUGUCCACCAAUGGGCACAGCAGUGGGAGCAGCAGGCUUCAAAAUCCGCCUACACAGGUCCUCCCCAGCUCUGCCUCAGCCUUCCUCACCUGCCAGGUGGGCGGGGAAAGGCUUUGUGACAUCACAGAGCCUUGCGUGACAUCAGCCCGUGACUCGUCACGUCAGCAACCCUUGCAAGCGCAGACACGCAGGGUGGCCACUCGGUUCUGGUGGUCACUGCCUGAACUCUGCUCGGGGUGACAGCCCAAGCCAGAUUGCGCGUCGAGAUUUUUUUCCUCGGCAGAGACCACGAUGAGGCUCAGUCCAGUUCAAUCCCUCACCAUGGCUCUCUGCAUGUUGUUUCUGUUCCCUGGUGGCCUUCACCUUUGCGUCCACGCCGACUGCUUCAUAGUCGGGAUAGAAGUCCUUCCUGAAGACCUGGAGCAGCCACCCGUUGUCGCUGAGAGCGUGGCCUCCGAAUGGACCAGCACCAUUGGCCUUCGCAGCCCCCACGGCUGGGCCAGGGUCAGGAUGGACGUCGCUCCUGAGGGCCUGAAGCAACCGCCCGCUGUCGCCGACAGCAUGGCCUCCGAAUGGACCAGCACCAUUGGCCUUCGCAGCCCCCACGACUGGGCCAGGGUCAGGAUGGACGUCGAUCCUGAGGGCCUGAAGCAACCGCCCGCUGUCGCCGACAGCAUGGCCUCUGAAUGGACCAGCACCAUUGGCCUUCGCAGCCCCCACGGCUGGGUCAGGAUCAAGAUGGCCGUCGCUCCUGAGGGCCUGAAGCAACCGCCCGUCGGCACAGAGAGCAUAGCCUCUGAGCUGCACGGCCCUCUGCGCCGGCUUUGGGACCACCUUGUCCAGCUGGACAGGACCUGGCACCUUUGCAGGGCCUGGCAAACCAUGUGGCUGCUCCACACGGUUUCGAUCGCACUGCGCCUCUGGAGAAAUGUGAAGAGAUCCCAGGGACAGGCAAGUGGACAGACGGCCGCAACUGCCACGGGGCCAGGCCGCCUGGGAAGGCACACCGUCUCCAAAUACGAAUUGCUCUGCCUAAUGGAGGCCAAAAUCACCUUGCUGGUCAGGUGCCUGAGGCAUACCCACCGCCUCCGCCUGAAAGAGCUCCGGCACCAGUACUCCAGGAGGGUGGCACAAGAAAAAGGGUGGCAGCCAGCCGAAGGCUCGUGGGGGUGA